GAACGGGGAAGGGCAUCAGAACGGAGCCAGCGCUGAAGCAAGGACCAUCGUCACACAAUAACGUUAUACCAUCUCUAAAAAUGGCUUUGGGCAGCGAAAAUCACUCUGUUUUCAACGACGAUGAGGAGUCAUCUUCGGCCGUUAAUGGACCCUCUGUUAUCCGCAGAAAUGCCCGGGAACGCAACCGCGUAAAGCAGGUCAACAAUGGCUUCAGCCAACUACGACAACAUAUUCCUGCGGCCGUAAUAGCCGAUUUAAGCAAUGGUCGCCGGGGAAUUGGUCCCGGCGCCAAUAAAAAACUGAGCAAAGUUAGCACACUGAAAAUGGCAGUGGAGUACAUACGGCGCUUGCAGAAAGUUCUUCAUGAAAACGACCAGCAGAAGCAGUUGCAUUUACAGCAGCAACAUUUGCACUUUCAGCAGCAGCAACAGCAUCAACACUUUUACGCCUGGCACCAAGAGUUGCAGUUGCAAUCUCCCACUGGCAGCAUAAGUUCCUGCAACAGCACCAGCUCCUAUUGCAAGCCAGCAACAUCGACGAUUCCGGGAGCAACACCUCCUAACAAUUUCCAUACCAAGUUGGAAGCCAGUUUUGAAGACUACCGUAACAAUUCCUGCAGUUCUGGUACUGAAGACGAGGACAUCCUUGACUAUAUAUCACUCUGGCAGGACGACCUGUAAACUUACCAGAUAUAAAAUCUUCAGAUAUUGCUAGUCGCACCCAACCAUCACACACAUCGAACCAUUGAUUGGCCAACAAGUAUUACCUCAGCCACAAAGUAUUUAUAUUCCCUAGAACUACCUUUUUGCCUUAUAAAUUAGUAUUUAAGGUUUUAUAUAGUUUCUAAGAAUAGUUUCUAAUGGAAGACAAUUUACAUUUAAGUUUUUUUUUAUAUAGCAUACAUGGAGGACAUUAAACUGAUA